UUGUACUACUCCCGAGUUCGGCACGGCUUGAAAGCAAGGAUAUCCUCAGGUCCAACUCCUCCUUAUACUAGUUAUAGGUAAGGACGGAGAUUUGUGAGUUUAAAAAGAGACGCAGGGAGAAAGGCGCCGGAUCCAUUGAGACAUCAGGCAGUCUUACGUGCAAGUAUGCUGCAGUUCUAAGACAACCCGUGGCCACUAGUAGUAGUAGUAGCGAAGUAAAUACAUUCAAUCAAUCACUAGUAAAAGCACAGGCCACCGUGAGAAUCAAUAUUCCAAACCUUGUUGAAGGGCUCACAGAGUCGCUACGGUCGUAAACCUUGCAGUUCAAUUGCGGCAUGCCUCGUAGCAAAGGAGGAGGAGGAGGAGGCUCUGUGAAUGUCAGCGGCUACUACCGGGCGAAUGGUACGUAUGUAAAUGGGUAUACUCGCUCCGCACCGUCGUCAGGUUCCUCUUCGUCUUCCUCUUCACGGGCAUCUACAUUUAGCGGCGGGGGAGGAGACUCUGUGAGUGUCAGCGGCUACCACCGGUCUAAUGGUACGUACGUAAAUGGGUAUACUCGCUCAGCAUCGUCAGGUUCUUCCUCUUCACGCCCAACUAGUGGCGGGGAAGCAGGCUCCGUCAGUGUCGGUGGCUAUACGCGUUCCAAUGGUACGUAUGUGAGUGGGUAUACUCGCUCAACACCUGCAAAUUCUUCUUCAGCUGGAUAUAUUCAACCAGCAACGCUACGCCCCUCGUCCUCUUCUCCAGCAGGCGGCACUCGCGAAUCGUCAAGCACAGCUGCCACAUCAACACCUAUCCCAUCACGUUCAACAGGCGUUGAAGACUUUGUACAUGUGGAUGUCUAUACUCGGUCUGAUGGAACUAAAGUCGCUGUUUCCCACACGGGCUCAACACCUGGUUUAAGACCGGCUCAACAAGCACCGUGCAAAUGGACGACUGACCUGGCAGAGGCUCUUCCCGCCCAGCACGCCAGCAUAAAGCAAGAUCCUGCAUUUCCCGGUGAUACGAGAAAGCGAACGCAUUAUGUAGACAACUCGAUUAACCGUCGCCUGGGCCGCGUCGGCUUGCCUAUUCCAAGAAAGCAUGGCGAGCACGGCCACGGGCUAUCAUCUGAAGCAAUCAGUAGACCGCAGCAACUCGAGCGCAUCAAAAGUGCUCUGUACGAAACCACAGCUGACGAAAUUCGUAAGGUAUUGGAAGAUCAUGCACUGUCCAUCCUUGACCGCCAGGCAAAAUGGGAGGAGAAACACGCUAUUCAACAAGCCUACGAUCAUCACCAGCGAGCAGAAGUUGAAGAGGAAUGGUUCGAGCGAGGCAUUUCCGCGACGACCGAUCUUCAAAAAGUCAUCACAUCAGAUCAAGAAGCCGACAGUCUAGUUAUCCAGCAGCAAGAAAUCACACUGGAGAAGGCCAUAGGACAUGGUGGGUUCGGAGAGGUGUUCGCCGCACGCUACCGGGGAACCGUUGUUGCCGUCAAGUGCCUGCAGCUUCAGGCGUGGUCGCGAAGCAGAAUAGACACGUUCAAGCGAGAGCUGCAAGUCCUGUCACAAGUGCAGCAUCAGAAUAUCGUCACGGUGCUGGGCGUGGUACUCGAUCCACCACAGUUCAGCAUCGUCAUGGAGUAUAUGAGGCGCAGUUUGUUCACAGCCCUGUUCCUCCACGAAGAACAGUUCUCCAGCGACAAGCAAAAGACGAUCGUGCUGGAGAUUUGCGCCGCUCUGGAACACUUGCACGCCGAAGGGAUUGCACACUGUGACGUGAAAGCGGAGAAUGUGCUCCUGGAUGAAGAUGAUCACGCCAAUAUCUGCGACUUCGGUUUGAGCUUCAUCAGGUCUACCACGGAGGUCUCGAGCAGCCGCGCAGGCUCGGCUACGGCUCCUCCGGGGCAGGGCACGCCACGCUACUCAGCUCCAGAGGUGCUCCGAGGUGAGCGACUCGGCCUGGCGCAGUUGUAUGCCGCGGAUGUGUACUCGCUAGCCUUGGUGGUCUAUGAAGUUGUAGUGCGCAAGGAGGCCUUCAUUGACUAUACGCUACGUCAACUGGAGAGAAAUGUCGGCAAUGGAGUGGAUCGGCCCGAUGUCUCAGCUUCUCCUCGCAUUCUAGCUGCCACCAUCCAGCACCUGUGGGACAAAGAUCCGUCCAAACGCCCGCCUAUGCCGCGCGUCUGUGAGCUAUUCAACGCAAUUAAUGCCUGCUACUGGUUCCCUCCAAGCCCAACUGCUGUGUAGCCACGAUCGCGAUCGACCACUACGCUUUCAUGCAUCUCCAAGAAUAUGUCUCUAAAAAGCACAAUGGAUUAUUCCUCAGCCAAGCACUCAUGUCUAACUAGCUCUACAUUAUGAUCUUCUUGUUGAGAAUUCCGUAUGAUGGGUCCACCUCAGACCCAAGCAUCGGC